UCGGGUUCCUCUGCCCCUCCUCCUUAGCUCCCUCUCUCUCGAUCUCGAAUUGUGAAUAUGCGGAACUUCGGCUUCUUCCCAUCUCAUUCCACUUAACAUUUCUAUUCACUUAAUCAAAUUGGAGUGGGAAUCUUCGACAUGUUGUUUGAUCUGUUUUACGUAGAGUAGAAGCACUUCAAACCCGUGAAUGAAUCGUUCUAUUUUUUCUCUUCAAAUUUUGCGAUUUCAAUCACACGUUAGCAGUUCUUCUCAUCUUCUACCACUUUGCAGAAUUCUUUCGCAGAGACUACCUUGAAAUUCUUGGUAUGGAUUGACAAGUUUCGAUAUCUGUACACACUUUUCACUCACAAUUUCAUGCAAUGGAUGGGAAUGAUGUCUCUGCUGACCAUGUCAUUGCGGAGCUGAUUGAGAUGGGAUUUGAAUAUUCUUUAAUCAUGGAAGCCAUAGGAGCCGUGGGUCCAUCUCUCAAUAAUGCUAUUGAGUUUAUCUUGAAUGGUUCUAAUGGAAAUAGUAGGGUUCAAUCAAAUGGUUCCGAUAUUUCUACCAGUAAUGGACACACUUCAGGUAAAAGUGUUACGCCCACCUCAAAUGCUAUGGGUUGGAUGAGACAGUCUAGUAUCAUGGAACAUCUCCAAUCAUCAGGUAGACUCAAAAGAAGCAAGACUCAUGAUGCAUCCGGUGUGUCAAUUUCUGGCUCUGAGAUGUUCAAGCCUAUGGAGGAGCAGAAAGCACCUCUUCCAUACACGGAUCAUGAUCUGGGACCUGCACCAAAAUUGUCCAUAGCACCAGUUUGUAGGCCAGAAGACCACGUGAUUGGAUCAGAUUGGGAGCAGAGAGUUAAUAAUGUCUUAAUGAAGCAUUUUGGUUUUUCAUGCUUGAAGAGUUUCCAAAAGGAAGCCCUGGAGGCUUGGUUAGCCCACCAAGAUUGUCUUGUCCUUGCUGCAACAGGAUCAGGGAAAUCUCUUUGUUUUCAGAUUCCUGCAAUUUUGACAGGGAAGGUCGUGGUUGUGGUUUCACCCUUGAUAAGCUUGAUGCAUGAUCAAUGCUUAAAGCUAGCAGAACAUGGGGUCUCUGCUUGCUUCCUUGGUUCCGGACAAAGUGAUGGUAGUGUGGAACAGAAAGCAAUGAGUGGCAUGUAUGCGAUAAUUUAUGUUUGCCCAGAGACAGUACUUAGACUUAUAGGACCACUUCAGAGACUUGCAGAAAAUCGUGGAAUUGCAUUAUUCGCCAUUGAUGAAGUACAUUGUGUCUCUAAGUGGGGCCAUGAUUUUCGACCUGACUACAGGCGAUUGUCUGUAUUAAGAGAAAAUUUCACAGCCAGCAAAUUGAAAUUCUUGAAGUUCGAUAUCCCACUGAUGGCAUUGACUGCUACUGCUACAAUCCGGGUUCGAGAAGACAUUGUCAAGUCACUCUGCAUGUCAGAGGAAACGAAGAUUGUGCUUACUUCGUUCUUUAGACCGAAUCUUCGGUUUUCAGUGAACCAUAGUAGAACAUCGUCCAUGUCAUCUUAUGAGAAGGACUUCCGUGAAUUGAUAGACACUUACACCAGGAAGAGAAUGAUUGUUGAAAAGGAAAAAAAUGCUGCCUCAUGUGGUUCAGAGAAUAAUUCUGAUAAUUCCAGCGAUUCUGAUACUGAUGAAAUGCAUUUGAAUGAUUCCGAGGAUCUUUAUGAUGAUGACUUAGAUGGAAACGGUGCUGGAGUAAGUUCAGUGAAUGCAAAUGUUUCAGCUGCUUCAAUGGAAGACCAACUGUCAGUAGAAUAUCUUGAAGAUGACCUAGACACAUUUCAGAGUGUGAAUGAUUUAGAUGUUGCUUGUGGUGAGUUCUCUGGGAAAUCUCCUGGCGAUAGCGGGGAUGUGUGUGGGUCAUUUGAGACACUUGGACCACCAACCAAACCAGAAGAAUGCCUACAACUUCAACAGGCACCUUUAGAACAAGGAUCAACUAUUAUUUAUGUGCCAACUAGAAAAGAGACAUUAAAACUAGCAAAAUUUCUUUGUAGUUUUGGUGUAAAAGCUGCUGCUUAUAAUGCCAAGUUGCCGAGAGCACAUUUAAGGCGGGUCCACAAGGAGUUCCAUCAAAAUGUUUUACAGGUUGUUGUUGCAACAAUUGCUUUUGGAAUGGGUAUUGACAAGUCAAAUGUCCGAAGAAUUGUCCAUUAUGGUUGGCCACAGAGUUUGGAAGCAUAUUACCAGGAAGCAGGUCGAGCUGGCAGGGAUGGUAAAUUAGCAGACUGUGUUCUGUAUGCAAACCUAUCAAGAAUUCCAACACUUUUGCCAAGUCAACGGAGUGAUGAACAGACAAAACAGGCAUAUAAAAUGUUAGCCGAUUGCUUCAGAUAUGGAAUGAAUAGUGCAUGUUGUCGAGCGAAGACACUUGUGGAAUACUUCGGAGAGGAUUUUACUUACGGGAAGUGUUUUUUAUGUGAUAUAUGUGUUGUUGGACCUCCCCAAAUGGAGAAUUUGAAGGUGGAGGCAGUUAAUUUUAUGCAAAUUCUUGCCACUCAGUAUAGGCAGAUCAAUUAUGGGACUAGCCCUUAUGAUGAUGCAGUAGAUGGUGAAAUUCAAAGAGGGAGAUUAAUGGAGAAGCCAAACAUUAAGAUGGUGGUCAGCAAAAUAAGAGAACAGUGUCAUAAAUUUGCUGCAAGUGAUCAGCUAUGGUGGCGAGGGCUUGCUCGCAUAUUAGAAGACAAGGGAUACAUAAAAGAGGGGGAUGGCUUGACAAGGGUUUGUAUAAAAUUCCCUGCGCCAACAGAUAUGGGAUUCAAGUUUCUUCAGUCUGGGAUGGAUCAACCUUUUUGCAUAUACCCUGAAGCAGACAUGCUACUCUCAACAAAAGAAAAAUCGUAUUCCACUUUCUCGGAGUGGGGGAAAGGUUGGGCAGAUCCUGAGAUACGUCGGCAGCGUCUGCAAAAAAAGACACACAGAAGACGUUCAAGAAAGGGUAGGAAGAAAAUUUCAAGCCGCCAUGUUGAUCUGAAAACAGUUCGAGGAAGGUUAGCAGUAAAACUCACAAAGAAGCAUUAAAAUCAAGGCCAGUUUUAUGUAUCAUUCUUUUGAUU